UUGGUUUCACAGCUAGGAACCAAAAUGGCUGAGCAGAAACAGCAGAACUUAAGCUCUGUGCCAACGUACCCUUUCAGUAACACAAAGAUCACGACUAUGUGGACGUUACUUGUUUCCGUCGAGUGGUCGGAGUCUUGGUUGGUUGGGUUGCUAGUUUUCCACGCCGUCUGUUUCAUCAUAACUAUCCUGACGUGUAGAUUUUACCGGCUGCAGAUCUGUCAUUUCCUUAUGAUGGCUGUCAUGAUAUACUGUGCCCAGUACCUAAAUGAGAUGGGAGCUAUGAACUGGAGGUCCUUCUCUAAGUUCCAGUAUUUUGACUCAAAUGGAAUGUUCAUCUCCCUGGUGUUUUCAAUUCCACUCUUGCUUAACACGAUUAUAAUUGUGGUGGUGUGGGUUUAUAGGACAUGUUCAACAAUGACAGAGCUGAAAAUUUUGCAGCUCAGUCGGAAAGCUGCGAGAGAAAGCAGAAGGAAAACUGAAUGAUUCCAAAAAAUCAGAAUCGUUAUUGUCAAUGCACACCCCAGCUUGAAGAUUGAGAUGUCAGGUGAACAAUAUUGAGGCUAAGAUCAUUUUAACAUUCCAGAACAUUGGGUAUGAAUGAAUCAUUCUGUGUGGGACCAGGAAGCAGCUUGUAUAUGGAUACAAGGCUCACUGAGGUGAAAUAAAGGUGGAAAUGCCAACUAAUUUGGAUAGAAGUUUCUUUGUUACAUAGAAGCAAUUUCCAGAGUUUUUAUUGAAUUGUUGCAUACUGUCACUAUAUUGGUUGCUGUCCAUUUUUUGUGCAGAUAUUUUGUGGGUGGGUUCAGUGUUUUGCAUUUACGUUGUAUGAAAUAAAGUGAGAUUUAUAUAUAUUUGGAUCCAGAGAAUUCUUGAUGUGUUGUGAAUUACAUGACCAAACAUUCCACUUGUUCUGCUUGUAUGUGCACUAAAUAUUCAGUAUAGCCACAAGAGGGCGAUGGUGCCUCAGUGAGUUAGCAGGCCUUCACUGAUGUCUCCUUGAGUAUCAUUAAAGAUGAAUGUCUUUGAAAAUUAAAAAGCGUCUUUUACAAAAGUGCGGUUUUACAAUAUAUAUGUGCAUUCAACACUAUAGGUGCGUAUGAAGUUUGGUGCCUAUAUAGAACUAAUGUAUUACAGUAAUCUGAAAGUAUUCAGAUUAAUAAUUCACAUGACCACAGGACGACUCUGUUGUUGUAGCCUGAUAGAA